AUGGAGGGUCCGAGCAUUCGCCUGACUGCACCGGUUGUAAGUGCGCUACAGACGUCAAUAUACCUUAAGCACGCAAAGGCCGUGCUGCCCCUGGACAUCCCAGAAAAGUACGUGGCCGCCCUUGGGGUGAAUAUCGACUGCGGGCACGGUGUUGUGCAGGAGGAGCUUGACCAGCGGUUGGUGGACAUGCAGUGUUCCGGAACGAUGAUAUGCAGCUACCCAUUGUCCAUGCAUGAUGCGCCGGCGGUGUACUUUACUGACGUUGUCAGCCAAUGCGCACCUACUCACAGUGUCGUGCAGAGCCUCGUCGUGGCAGCCAUGCAUCUGGGCUUAGCAGUUCAAAUUUUACUCUCCGAUUCUUAG